AUGAGCAAUAGCAAAAUCACAAAAUCCACUCACAAUGAGAUGAGAUGAGAGCAAGAUGAAGUGCCACCACCACCACUCAUCGCCAUGGCCUCCCUCAGAUUCCCCAUCUCUCUCGACGCUUUCGAUUCAAAGCCCUCCCUCCCAUCCCUCUCCACCUACCUCCACGCCAACGCCGGACCCCGCCCCUUUAAAACCAACCCUCCGCUUCGUGCUUCCAAGAACCUCCGCAACCCCAACACACAAAAACUCACCUCCGCCGCCAAAACCAUCUCUCCGCCAAACACGGAGAAACUCAACACUGACGUAGUAGACCUCGCUAACCUCGGCAGCCUCGAACUCAGCACCGACCAAUGCAACGUCAUCCUCAAACGCCUCGAAAACGAUGACGCCGCCAAAACGCUGUCGUUUUUCAGCUGGAUGAGGAGCGCCGGGAAGGUGGAACGCAACGCCGAUGCUUACAACGCUGCGAUUCGAGCUCUGUGCAAGAGCCUGGACUGGGAAGGAGCAGAGAAGCUGGUUCAGGAAAUGCGCGCCAGUUUCGGUUCGGAGAUGAGUUACCGCGUUUUCAACACUGUGAUCUACGCUUGUUCCAAACGGGGCCUAGUGGGGUUGGGUGCGAAAUGGUUCCGUUUGAUGUUGGAAUACGGCGUCGUUCCGAAUGCGGCGACGUUCGGGAUGCUGAUGGGGCUUUACCGGAAGGGGUGGAAUGUGGAUGAAGCUGAAUUUGCCAUCUCGAAGAUGAGGCAGUUUGGGGUUGUUUGCGAAGCGGCGAAUUCUUCGAUGAUAACGAUUUAUACUAGAAUGGGGUUGUAUGAGAAGGCUGAAGGGGUGGUUGAGUUGAUGGAGAAAGAAGGGUUGGUUCUGAAUUUUGAGAAUUGGUUGGUGAUUUUGAAUUUGUUUUGUCAGCAAGGGAAAAUGGGGGAAGCUGAGGGGGUUUUGGUGUCAAUGGAGGAAGCAGGGUUUUGUGCCAAUGUGAUUGCUUUUAACACUAUGAUAACUGGGUAUGGGAAGGCAUCGAAAAUGGAUGCUGCUCAGGGAUUGUUUUUGAGGAUGAAGGAAGAGGGUGUUGUUGGGUUGGAUCCUGAUGAGACCACUUACCGUUCCAUGGUUGAAGGUUGGGGAAGGGCUGGGAAUUAUGAACAGGCUAGGUGGCACUACAAGGAGCUCAGACGGUUGGGUUACAAGCCGAGUUCGUCUAACUUGUACACGAUGAUGAAGUUGCAAGCUGAGCAUGGAGAUGAGGAGGGUGCUGUUGGAACACUGGAUGAUAUGUUGCAUUGUGGUUGCCAUUGUUCUUCUGUUAUUGGUACGGUUUUGCGUGUUUAUGAAAGUGUUGGAAAGAUUAACAAGGUGCCUUUUUUGCUCAAGGGGUCGCUUUAUCAGCAUGUUUUGGUUAGCCAGGGUUCUUGCUCCACUGUGGUCAUGGCUUAUGUGAAGCAUGGGUUGGUGGAAGAUGCUUUGAGAGUGUUGGGUGACAAGAAGUGGCAGGAUAGGCAUUAUGAGGACAACUUGUAUCAUCUUUUGAUUUGCUCCUGCAAAGAGGGGGGUUUGCUGCAGGAUGCUGUUAGGAUAUACAAUCAGAUGCCGAAGAGCGUUGACAAGCCAAACCAGCACAUCAUGUGCACCAUGAUUGACAUUUACAGUGUGAUGGGCCUCUUCAAGGAAGCAGAGAUGUUGUAUCUCAAGUUGAAGUCCUCAGGAGUUUCCUUGGAUAUGAUUGCCUUCAGCAUUGUUGUGAGAAUGUAUGUGAAAUCUGGAUCUUUGGAAGAUGCUUGUUCUGUAUUGGAUGCAAUUGAGAAGCGACCGGAUAUCGUUCCUGACCAGUUUUUGUUGCGUGAUAUGUUGAGAAUUUAUCAAAGGUGUAACAUGGUGGAUAAAUUAGCUGGUAUGUACUACAAAAUUUCCAAAGAUAGAGUGAAUUGGGACCAGGAACUAUAUAGUUGUGUCCUGAACUGCUGUUCUCAGGCUCUGCCAGUUGAUGAGCUUUCCAGGCUUUUUGAUGAGAUGCUACAGCGUGGAUUCGCACCUAACACAAUUACCUAUAAUGUCAUGCUUGAUGUUUUUGGAAAAGCCAAGCUUUUCAGGAAGGUUAGAAGGUUGUACUUCAUGGCUAAGAAACAAGGUCUGGUUGAUGUGAUCACUUACAAUACAAUAAUAGCUGCAUAUGGGAAAAAUAAAGACUUCAAGAACAUGUCAUCAACUGUUCAGAAGAUGCAAUUUGAUGGGUUUUCAGUUUCCCUUGAAGCCUACAAUUCAAUGCUGAAUGCUUAUGGAAAAGAUGGCCAAGUGGAGACAUUUAGAUCUGUGUUGCAACAGAUGAAGGAAUCAAAUUGUGCCUCUGACCACUACACAUACAACACCAUGAUCAAUAUCUAUGGAGAACAAGGAUGGAUUGAGGAAGUCGGUGGCGUGCUUGCAGAAUUGAAAGAAUAUGGUCUGAGACCUGAUUUGUGCAGCUAUAACACGUUGAUCAAGGCGUAUGGAAUUGCAGGCAUGGUUGAAGAUGCUGUAGGCUUGAUCAAGGAAAUGAGAAAAAAUGGAAUAGAACCUGACAAGAAAACCUACAUUAAUCUAAUCACUGCACUGCGGCGAAAUGACAAAUUUUUAGAAGCUGUUAAAUGGUCGUUAUGGAUGAAACAGUUGAAGUUAUGAAUUUCAUAAAGCUAUGUCAUUUUCUAACCCUGUUUCUUUGAGGAAUAGCCUCACCUUAAAAUAAAAGUCCUACAUGUGUGCAGUCUCUGACCUUUCUCUUACUUGGUAAAUAUUUAUGUACAUCUCGCAGCAAAAAUAAAACAAAUAAACAGAACAUAUCAAAUGUAUUUUUGUGGAAUGAAAGUUCUUUUCUUUUAUUUGCUUUCUA